AUUGAGCCCUGCAGAAUCGGCAUGUGUCUCGCGCCAUUUCAGCCCAGAGCCGGAAGGCCUCGGAAUAACUGAAAUAGACUCUCGGACGGGUACAAAUAGCCCAGCCACUGAGGAGGCAGUUCUUGGAGACCGAUAGCUCUUUCCCAGACUCGCUAAGCCCGGGACCAGAUGAAGCGCCUCCUUCACCACAUUCAUUGAGUCCAGAGCCUCGACCUGAAACCGAAACCGGCUCCCCACUGGAAUUUCUAAGCCUGGCUCAAAGUGAAGCAGGCUUCUCCCUAGAGCUGUUACCUGAUGCUGUGGAUGCUCCGCCUUCGGAACAGCACAUUCCCAGCGCCAUCCUCUUGUAAGACGACAAGUAGAGAACGGACGUUGGCCAUUGGUUCCAAAUUCUGCUACAGAGAGAGUAGACGACCGUAUCUAUUGUCCUUGUUUUACCAACAAAU